UGAAGAUGAUUAAAAAGUUUGAGGACUCAGAGAAGAGUUGGUUUCAGGAUCAUCCUCAGUUCAAGCAUAUAUUCCACAUGGAUUGUACCCCAACAAGAAAAGUGAUGGAAUUGUGGAUGUUGCUACUUCGUACUAUGCAUACAGGAAAGGGUCGACAAGCUUGGUUUGGGGUAAACGGUGUUCCAAUUAGAUACUCCAUCAGGGAACAUAGCCUCCUCUCUGGUUUAUACUGCCACUCAUAUCCAGAAAACUAUCCGAGCAUAGGGAGGAUGAAGUUUGCGAGAAAGUAUUUUAAGGUGAAGAAGACAAAGGAUGGGAAGGAAAAGGGUCUGCAAGUGACAGAAGUGGAUGUCUUAGAGAAACUUCAGAAGAUGAAGUUUGAUGGUAGUGGUGAUCGUCUGAGGAUGGCGGUUCUUUACUUUCUGGCUAGAGUUUUAAGAGGAAGGUCAAAAAAAGGAUACUUCAUUGAGUAUUUCAUUCUCCAAGCAGCAGAAGAUCUGGAGUUUUGCACCGAAUUUCCAUGGGGCCGUUACACAUUUGAUGAUUGCAUGAAGGAGAUUUUUCAUGUGAGGGAUCAGUUUCGUGAUGGUCUCGCAGAGAAGACACAGUGGGUAUUUCCUGGGUUUAUCAACCCUUUGGAGAUAUUAGCAUUUGAAUGUAUCCCUGUCCUUAGAGAGAGAUUCAGAGAGCCUGUUCCAAACUGUCCUGAUGGUUGUCCAAGAAUGUGCAAAUGGAAGUUCAAGAGGACCGGAACAACAGGAUUUCCACUUGACAAGAUUUAUCGGAUGCUAGGAAACACAAAGGUAAAAGCUUAUAAUAUUUUUAAGUGUUGUUUAUGUCAUUUUCUUCAAGUUCAUAGUUAAUUAAAUGAGUAAUUUGUUGUUGGUCAUAUUUCAGGAGAUUAUCAGUAUUUUAGAACCACAAGGAUAUGAAGCAGACCUUUUGUAUGAAAUAAUGGAUGAAGGGACUUAUGAAGACUUGGAGCUGAUAGGUGAUUCGGAUACGCCAGACAUAGCUGUUGACAGUUGGAACAAGAUCCUACUAGAACCAGGGAGUAAAAUUUUCUGGCCGGAUCUAUUCGAGAUGGAUGUGAGAACCCGAGAGCAACAAGAGCAAGCAGAAGGCGAGGCAGGAGGCGAGGCAGGGGGCGAGGCAAGGGGCGAGGCAGGAGUUGAGGCAGGGGGCGAGGCAGGAGGCGAGGCAGGGGGCGAGGCAGGCCGUGAGAGUGUAAAAGAGUUGGAAUUGAGAUUGAACAAGAGAAUGGAUGACGGAUUUGCAUUGAGGAAUGAAACAAUUCGUCUCUUGGUAGCACGAGUAAAGGAGUUGGAACAAGACAAGAUUCAAAGAGAAAAUUGGUCAUUCCAAUUUGGUGAAUAUGAAACAUGUGAGGCUUCAGGAGGCAAAGGAAGAGGUAAUUGAUUUUAAAAUUUGUUUUGUUUUGUGCUAUCAGUUUAGAUUUGCUUCAGUGAUAUAAAUUGUGUUGUGUGAUGGUGGUGUUGUAAUUUGUUUUGUUGUAGAUGCUGAGGGUGAAGAAGAAGCUGAUAAGGAUGGUAAGAAUAGCGAGUCAGAUGCCGUCACUGCAGCUGUACACACUCCUCUUCCUACUGAGACAACACCUGAAGAUGUUGAGGGUGAGGAAGAGGCUGCGAAAGAGGCUUAUGAGGUCGCUGGCAAUGAGGAUGAAGUAGGUCAGAAGGAGGGCGAGACAGAGGCUGACAAGGAGGGUGAAACUGAGGAAGGCAAGACAGAUGUGGAGGACUCGCCAUCUACUCUUCAAGUGAUGGCAGAAGCUGCGGAGAAACUCGAGAAAGAGGUUGAUGAUAAGGCUGCUGCAGAGAAAGCUGCUGCAGAGAAGGCUGCUGCUGAGUUAGCUGCUGCUGAAAAGGCAGCUAGUGAUAAGGAAAAAGUUGGUGAUCAGAAGGAGACCAGGCCAAAGAGGACCCAUAAACCUUCUCGUCCGCUCAGGUCUCCGUAUCAGAAAAACUAAUAGCUAUUUGGAAUAGCUUUUAAGAACUAAAACUUAUGUUCCAACUAAAACUUAUGACUUAUGUUUCUUUUGAUGCUAAUACUUAUGACUUAUGUUUCUGUUGUGUUAAAACUUAUGACUUAUGUGGAUGUUGUGUUAAAACUUAUGACAUAUGUUUAUGUUCCUGUUUC